AUGAGCAACGCAGCCAUUUCGCUUCACCUGCCGAGGAAGGUAUCGGCGAUGAAGCCGCCGAGGAGGCAGAGAAUGAACGAGGUGCCAAGAAAGUUGGUGACUGUGUUUGCGGCCACGGCAUUGCCGAGGUGCAUCGUGCCCGUCAUGUAGGUCACCAGGUUCACCGCGAUUCCCAGCGAUGUUAACCGCUCGUUCAGCUCCACCACUGCAGUUGUUCAUCUUUAG